AUGGAGGCGCUGCAACAUGCUUCCAUCGUGGAGGAGCACCACACCCUGAUGGGUGUGGUGAUUGAAAAGAUUCAGUCCGCCAAGAGCGGGCUGAAGGAGGCCUUCACUAGCCUGCUAAUAGGCUUCGAGGCUUCACUGUUAGCAGCGACCGCCCAGGCCGCCGAAGUAUCCAAACUUAAGCGUAAGCUGGGGCUAGCCGAUGAGGAUCUCAUCCGCAUCAAUAAAAUAUUUGAUGAGGUGCAAGGUAGCGCGGCUGCGGUUGAGGCCCUUAGGGGUGAACUUGCCCAGGCACAGGAGCAGGCGAGGGUGAACAAGGCGGCCGCUGAUAAAGCGGCCGAGGACUUGAAGUCCGCGCAGGUUGUCCGCUACCAAUACGAGGAGCGGGUGACCGAAGUAGAGCAAGCGCUCAAGGACGCCGCCGACAAGUGCAAGUCCCUAGAGGAGAAGAAUGUCUUUGCGGAUCUUCCAAAGGGCGCCGCCGACGCCGCGCAGUUCUUCUGGACCCAGGAGGGGCACGCGACGGAGAAGCUAUUCUGGUCCCAGUUCAUCGCGCGGGAGCACCCCGCACUGCUGAAUGACCAGAUGGCGCAGUGGGCCGAGCUGCAUAGGAUAUCAAACCCUAACCUCGUCCCCUCCGCGCCGCCGGUCAAAACUCCCACCGACGGACGUGUCCGCCUCCCACCGCAGUCGCCGGCCAUGCGCCCCGCCGCCGCCGUUCCCGAGGACCCCCGCGCCGUCACCUCCCUCCGCCGAGCGGCGCCCGAGCCCGCGCCGCCGCCUCCUUCCUCGACGCCGGCACCUCCUUCCUCUCCGCCCGAGCCCCGACCGGCCCCGUCCCUCCUCCGGUCUCCUCCGCCCUCGAGCUCCGGCGACGAGCCCGCUGCCCCGGCGAACCGUGCCUCGAUCCGAUCUGGAACAGAAGGUUGA